UCGAGGAAGCCCGUCGGUAGUCGUCUCAUCGUCUCUAUCCUUUGUUUCUUUCUUUUUAGUUUUUUAAAAUUUCAUUAUUUCCAUAGCAACCUAUACGCUGUGGUUAUAAAUGGAUUAUAAAAAUAAAUAAAUAAAUAGUAUUUUUCAUCGCAACCAUGCCAACCAACAACUCGUCCCAAUCUCCUCCAUCCCAACACACGCUGGACGAAAUUAAUUUACUCAAUUUCUAUGGAAACUGCGUUGAUAAGGAGAAGAAUUUGCAACAACUCUUGGUGAACCAACAGCAAAAUUCAUCCUCGUCCCAGUCCAGUCGGUACAAGACAGAGUUGUGCAGACCCUUCGAGGAGUUCAGCGUGUGCAAGUACGGGGACAAGUGCCAGUUUGCACAUGGGUUGAAGGAAUUGCGGAGUUUAAACAGGCAUCCGAAAUACAAGACGGAACUCUGCAGGACGUUUCACACCCUUGGAUUGUGUCCCUAUGGCCACCGCUGCCACUUUGUCCACGAGGAGAUCCACGACAUAAAUAAAUUAUUACUUGGCGACCAAAACCUCUUGGCAACGCUGCAACAACAACAGGUUUUAAUCCAAGCCCUUCAACAACAGAGACAGCUCUGGACCACCCCUGGCACCACCCCCCCAAAUCUCACCACACCCCCACUGCCCACACCCCCGGCCCCCCCACUCUACAUCCUCGACACGUCCUCCUCCUCCUCAAUGUCAUCCUCCUCGGGAGGCUCCUCCCCCUCGUCGUCACAACAACAACUUCCCACUUCGCAACCUCAGCAAAAUUUCUCUAAUAGACUCCCCGUUUUUUGGAAUUUUUAAUAACUUAUUUCUCUAUGGCAACUAUUUUAUAUUAUUUUAAAAAAUUAUAUUUUUU